AUGAUAGAAGCAAACAAGACACUGGUGACUGAGUUUGUUCUCACAGGGCUUAGAUCUUCUAGGGCUGCAGAUCCCCUGUUCCUGAUGUUCUUGGUCAUCUCCCUCACCACUGUGGUGGGCAAACUUGGACUGAUUUUUCUCAUUUGGAAGGAUCCCCAUCUUCACAACCCCAUUUACUCAUUCCUUGGCAGUUUAGCCUUUGCAGAUGCUUGUUCUUCAUCUUCUGUAAUUCCCAAGAUGUUUAUACAUUUUUUAUCAAAAAAUCAUGUGACCUCUCCUUGUAUGGCCCAAUUUUAUUUUUUUAGGUCCAGUGCCACCUCAGAAUGUUUCCUCCUGGUAGUGAUGGCCUAUGACUGCUAUAUAGCCAUAUGCAACCUCUUGCUUUAUCCAGUGGUGAUGUCCAACAGACUCUGUAUUCAGUUUAUAGGUGUUUCAUAUUUCAUUGGUUUUCUACAUUCAGCAAUUCAUGUGGGUUUGUUAUUUAGAUUAACUUUCUGCAGGUCCAAUGUAAUACAUUAUUUCUACUGUGAAAUUUUACAACUGUUCAAAAUUUCUUGCACUGAUCUUACAGUUAAUACACUUCUGGUUUUUAUCUUUUCAGCUUUUAUACAAAUCUUCAGUUUUAUGACCAUCAUGGUUUCUUACACCCGUGUCCUCUUUGCCAUCCUGGAAAAAAAGUCUGAAAAGGGCAGGGGCAAAGCCUUCUCCACAUGCAGUGCUCACCUGCUCUCUGUUUUCUUGUUUUAUGGCACUUUUUUCUUCAUGUAUGUGCAUCCUGGGUCUGGGCCCUCUGGAGAUCACGACAAAAUGUAUUCUUUAUUUUAUACAAUAAUAAUUCCUCUACUAAAUCCUUUUAUUUACAGCCCGAGGAGCAAAGAGGUUAUACGUGCCUUGAGAAGAAUAAUAAAGAAAUGA